UGUGUUUGGCUCCCACCACUUUCUCUCUCUGCACUUUGGAAACUUUGAAAGCCUCUCACAAGCACAGCCAGCCUUCCAUUUCACUAUCAGAGUGUCAACCCUUUCUCUUUUCUCCCAUGCACUCCUUCAGCCAUAAUUUCUCUCUCUAAAAAUGGGAUGGGAGGCAAGUGAGGGAGAACAAGAACAAGGUGCUUUCAUCCAAUAGCCGAGGUCAGAAGCAAGUUUCAGGCUGAUUCUGAAUCAGGUGCAUCGGACAAUGGAGCAGUACGAGGUGCUGGAGCAGAUUGGGAAGGGUUCAUUCGGCUCUGCACUCCUGGUGAGGCACAAGCUUGAGAGGAAGAGGUACGUCUUGAAGAAGAUCCGCCUCGCGCGCCAGACCAACCGGUGCCGCCGAUCAGCACACCAGGAGAUGGAGCUCAUUGCAAAAGUAAGGAACCCUUACAUUGUGGAAUACAAAGAGUCUUGGGUGGAGAAGGGUUGCUACGUGUGUAUUGUGAUCGGUUACUGCAAGGGAGGGGACAUGUCAGAGGUCAUUAAGAAGGCUAACAGUAACCAUUUCUCAGAAGAGAGACUUUGUUUGUGGCUUGUGCAGCUCCUGAUGGCACUUGAUUACUUGCAUGUCAAUCAUAUCCUUCAUCGCGAUGUCAAGUGCUCAAAUAUCUUUCUGACGAAGGACCAAAACAUACGGCUUGGUGACUUUGGGCUUGCUAAAGUAUUGACUUCUGACGAUUUAGCUUCUUCAGUUGUGGGAACUCCAACUUACAUGUGUCCUGAACUUCUUGCUGAUAUUCCAUAUGGUUCCAAGUCUGAUAUAUGGUCCCUUGGCUGCUGCAUCUAUGAGAUGACUGCUCUCAGGCCUGCAUUUAAAGCAUUUGAUAUGCAAGCACUGAUAAACAAGAUAAACAAGUCUGUUGUAGCUCCUCUACCAACUAUAUACUCUGGUGCAUUUAGGGGCCUACUCAAAAGCAUGUUGCGCAAAAGUCCAGAUCACAGGCCAAGUGCUGCAGAACUGCUUAAGCAUCCGCACCUCCAGCCCUACGUGUUCAAACUCCAAUCAAAGUCGACUCCUGCUCGCAAUUUGUUAUCUGCUAAACCUCCUAACAGACAUGGCACAAAUAAGAUUGCACUUUCUGAUGGCGAAGAUAAUUGUAAGCUCAAAUACAGUAAGAGCCAUUCAUUUAAAGUGGAGAGGGUUGUGAAACUUGACCAAGCCGCUGCUAGACAUGGCCCUCCUAGUUCGACUAGAGCUGACAAAGAUUGUUCAGAAUUGCUGAAUCAACCAAUGGAUGAGUUGUCAGCCCAAGUUACCAAGAAAGUUGUCGACGAAGUGAUACAUGAUAAGUAUUCAAAAGUAACGAGAUCUCCAUCGCCUACUCCAAGAAGGGCGUCACCAACACCUAGAAGACGACUGCAACCUUCGAAGACAUUUCAUGCUAGCACAGCUCACCAGGAGCGCCCACCGUCAAGGUCUUCAGUCGACCGAAUGGUUCAAGCUACACGACGAAUAUCACUCCCCAUGCGGAUGAUCAAAACUCCUGAAAAGCGGCAGGGCACCGACAUUGUUACCAGAUUGAAAUCUCCUGAUGUUUCAGUAAACGCUCCUAGGAUAGACAGAAUUGCUGAAUUCCCAUUGGCAUCCUUUGAAGACCCAUUACAUUGCAUCAAGAAGCUCACGUUGCCAUCUAUCAUUAACCAAUCCAUCACCAAGGACAAGUGCACUUCCCAAGUGCUCCGAAGCGAUAGCGAAAACUACACUGACACUCCUGGCAUCGACCACCUUCUCUGUGUUCAAAAUUCACCCAGAAGCUCGUCAGAUUGGAGGCAGAAGAGGUUCGACACGAGGUCUUACCAGCAGAGAGCUGAGGCUCUGGAGGGUUUGCUGGAGUUCAGUGCCCAGUUGCUGCAGCAGGAGAGGUUUGAGGAGCUGGGGAUCUUGCUAAAGCUUUUCGGCCCCGGCAAGACAUCUCCAAGAGAGACAGCCAUAUGGUUGUCAAGGAGUUUCAAAGAAACCGGAUUAUAACCAGAGGCCUGCAACUGCAAACCUAAGCCUGCAAUAAUUUGUUCCUUAACUAGCUUCAGGCUACCCUGUACAGUUUCAGUUUUGUGAUCUGUGUUUUUUCUUCCUGCACUGGUCUUUGUGGAUUAUUACACACAUGUUGAUUCAAUGAUGAUUCUCUUUCUAUUAACCUGCAGAAACAUAUUAGUUGAAUUCAUCAGUCAGAUAAGAAUACCUUUAGAUGCCUGUAAGAGGCAGCCGGGGGGUGUCCCGUACUUCGGCCGGUGGCCAAGGUGGUGUCGAACCGCUGAAGGCAUCUGGUGGUCCGUUCGGCACCCAGGCAGACGCCGCGGCCAGGAGGACUGGAAGGCCUGCAGCUGGGCUUUCCAUGCCAUCCGGUGGUCAUGGUCGGUCUGCACCGGCAACCAAUUCUGCACCAGUUUUUAAGUCGUUCAACGACACCCAGCCGGCCGGCGCUCUCGCCGGACCGGGCUUUGGACAAGGUGGUCACUUCACAUUCAGCGCUGGACUUUCUACUCGUCCUACCUUUGGCGGGCGCUCUGGCUCAGGCCCUGGGUUUGGUGGUCGGGGAUGUCUCCCAGGUCACUCAAACGGUCCCUCGAGGGCGCAGGAGGGCAUCAACACGGCAGUGCCCGGUUCUGAAGUGAACACAGGGACUUUGUCUUCCAAGCAAAGGAAAACAAGCAGCGACAAAAGAAAGUGUUCUGCUUCCGAUGCAAGAUGAAGGGACACUCGAUGGAGGUAUGUGAUGCACUUCUCUACUGUGUCAUUUGCGAUAAGCACGAUGACCAUCUAUCUGCUAAGUGUCCAAUUCUGAAGCUCUCCAAACCUAAUGCAAUGAUGCUCAGCUUUGGUGUGGAUAAGAUGGGUUUUUUCCAAGUUGAUCAAUCUGGUCACAUGGGUCCAGAACCACAAUCUCCGCCAACAGCGUUAAUCAAGGUUAAAGGUAAUCCUUUAAAUGCAGAAACCAUUCAAAAUGAACUUCGGUGAAGGAUCCGUGCCGAUUGGAACUGGGAGGCAGUUUCACAAGGACCAGAUAGCUAUCUUGUGGCUUUUCCGAAUUCGGAAGAGCUGAGCAAGAUGAUCGAUGCUGAAUUUCACCUCAAAGUUUAAGGGGCUACCUUUUCCAUCGGAGAAUGGAAGCCAUCCGAUGAACCGAACCUGUUGUUCUUUCUGGAAUCGGUGUGGGUGCAUAUAAAGGGAAUUCCACCGGCCUUUUCGGCAUUAUAUGACAAUUUGGGCUAUUACGACGAUGCUAGGCUCCCCGAUGGAAAUUGACAUGCAAUGUCUAAGGAGCCACGGCAUUGUUCGAGUCCUGAUUGAUCUUAUGGAUGCCAAUUUACUGCCUGCUAAAGCGGAUAUGGUACUAGGCAGUGUUGGUUACAAAAUCACCUUCUCUCUUGAAGACCAAGGCUUUGUUACCAAAGAUAGCCCAAUGUCUAAUCUGGCUGAUGCCGAUUUCAAUGGUGAUGAGGAAAAUGGGUGGCGGUCUAGUCGGCAAAUCGGUGCGCUUUAGCAACUUCUGUUUCAACCGAUGUCAUUUUUUUAUAGUGUUUUCUUUCUCUUUGUUUUGACUGUGUGUAUCUCAAAUAUGUAGAGGCUAAGAGUGUUCUCAGCCCGAUUGUAUCAACUUAAUGUAAUUGACUGAGUCAAUAAAAACUUCCUUUAUCAAAA